AACAAUAAUAAGUUAAGCAGUUCAAGUAAUAAAAACCGAAACAAAACUCCACCACCCGGUUCCUUCAUUCCUUGCUUGCUUUGGUGUGUAGUAAUUGGAGAGUUCCGUUUCCAACUCCCAUCACAAAUACACACACGCAGCAUUACUACGCUAUACCCUCCUCAUCCUUCAACCUUCCACGCGCCACAACACUAUCUUCUCUCUAGUGAUAACAUCACGCGCCACACCGUAGUAGCGAGCUACGCUUAAACCAAGACUCAGCCACCUGAUUGAAGAAUUUCGCUAAGGAUUGGUGGUGGUGGUUGUUGUUGUUGAAGAGCUUGGUUAAGUAUUCCUAUACUGAUUAUUAUCAGUGUAUUGGCUUGCUGAAAUAGUGAAAAUUAUAUCGGAUGGCAAUUACACAUUUUGGUAGUACAUUUGCAACUCAAUGGGGAAUUCGUCCUCAGGUUUUCGCAAGAUCCAGCAUAGUGAGCAAGACUACGUCAUCCAGCCACAAUGUUACAAGCAGGGUGAGCUUUAUAGCGGCCCCAGCUUCAAGCUUUUUCUCCCGGGAUUCCUCACGUGCACUAUUUAACAUGAGUUCAUCUCAGACAUAUCACCGAAGGGGUUCAAGGUUGAUAGUUAGAGCAGAAACAGAUUACUAUUCCGUCCUUGGCGUGUCAAGAAAUGCUAGUAAAUCUGAAAUUAAGAGUGCUUAUCGGAAGCUUGCCCGGAAUUAUCAUCCAGAUGUGAACAAAGAUCCUGGUGCAGAACAGAAAUUUAAGGACAUUAGCAAUGCAUAUGAGGUCUUAUCAGAUGAUGAGAAACGAUCGAUAUAUGAUCAAUAUGGAGAGGCCGGGCUUAAAGGUUCAGGAAUGGGCAUGGGGGAUUUCAGCAGUCCUUUUGAUAUAUUUGAAACGCUUUUUGAGGGCAUGGGUGGCAUGGGUGGCAUGGGUUCAAGAGGUGCUUGGAAUGGAGCAAUUGACGGUGAAGAUGAAUAUUACAGUCUCGUUUUGAACUUCAAAGAAGCAGUUUUUGGGGUAGAAAAGGAGAUAGAGAUUAGGCGGUUAGAUAGCUGUGGAACUUGCAAUGGUUCAGGGGCUAAACCUGGGACCAAGUCAUCCAGAUGUAGCACUUGUGGCGGUCAAGGUCGCGUUGUCUCAUCAACCAGGACCCCUCUAGGCAUCUUUCAGCAGUCUAUGACCUGCUCUUCCUGCAAUGGAACUGGAGAAACAUCAACACCAUGCAGCACAUGUUCUGGGGAUGGUCGUGUGAGGAAAACAAAACGGAUAAGUCUGAAGGUUCCCCCUGGUGUGGAUUCUGGUAGCCGUUUAAGAGUCCGGAAUGAAGGCAAUGCUGGAAGACGUGGCGGUGCACCUGGUGACCUCUUUGUAGUUAUCGAAGUUAUCCCAGAUCCUGUCCUCAAACGAGAUGACACCAACAUUCUGUACACCUCCAAGGUGUCUUAUAUUGAUGCUAUCUUGGGAACUACAAUCAAGGUUCCUACUGUAGAUGGCAUGGUGGAUUUAAAAGUCCCGGCUGGGACUCAACCCGGCACGACGCUCGUUAUGGCUCGGAAAGGUGUUCCGCUGCUGAAUAAGAGUAACAUGAGAGGUGAUCAAUUGGUUCGCGUGCAAGUCGAAAUCCCCAAGAGACUGAGCAGUGAUGAGAGAAAACUUAUUGAGGAACUUGCUGAUUUGAGCAAAGGAAAGAGUAAAGCUGCUGCUAGUGGUACUAGGAGAUAAAUUUUUUUGGGUCAAAACAUGUUUUUUGUUUUUCCUUUUCUAUGUAACGUUUUACUCACUAAAUAUUAAUUCUCCUUUUCAUGGAUUGCUUCUAUUUUUUACCAUGACACUUGAGGAGAACAGAACAUGGUAGGAAUAGGUUGUUGCUCCUUAUAGAUACAGGCUUAUAUGAGGAUUGAAAAAACUAGAAGUCUUGUUCUUCAUUGGAACUGUUGUGUCUUUCAUAUUUAGUUAUUCUUUUGGGAAAACCAUUUAGAUAAACACUGAGGUAUAUACACUUAUUACGUUUAAGGGAAAAUUGUUCAAGCCAU